GCUAGUCACUUUGACAGUUAAUCUUCUGAGAUAUUAUCUAUGUUAAACCACACGGCCAAAUUGCAUUCAUAGAGCAGGUCCUUUGAAAAGUCUGUCUUGCAAGUAACAUUUGAUUGCUUGUUUGAUUAGUUGUGUACCGGAAGGCACAAGGUAAAAUCCUAGCUGUUUAACAGUGUGUGGGAUUAGCACUGUCUACAAGCUAGCGAGUAAACGUUAGCCUCCUAGCCAUCAUGGCUGAAUUUGGUUUUAAUCAACAGCAUCAGAAUGAAGUAAUCAACUACAUGCGAUUUGCACGUUCAAAGAGGGUGCUGAGACUCAAGACAAUCGACUCAUGCUUUGAAGAGCUCAAAGACAGCAGACUUGUGGAGGAAACAUAUACAGUGGAUGAAGUGAAGGAGAUGCUGGAUGGGUUGCAGGCAGUGGUGCGUGGGGAAAUGGAGAUAGAGCUCAUCAACACAGCCCACACAAACGUGCUACUGCUCAGACAACUCUUCUCCCAGGCUGAGAAGUUUUAUCUCCGACUACAGUCUGACAUCUCAGAGCUGGAGAACAGGGAACUAUUAGAGCAAGUGGCUGAGUUUGAGAAGACUGACUUUAAAACCUCUAAUAAGGUUGUCCAGGAGAUCAGCAAACCCAAGUUGGCACCACUGAAUGAAGGUGGUGUGUCUGAACUUCUAAACAAGGAAAUAACAAGACUUCGGGAGGAAAAUGACAAACUUAAAGCUAGGCUUCGGACUUUAGAAUCCCAGGCUAUGAAUGCACUUGAUGAGAAAACCAGGGCUGAGAGAGCUCUGAAAGACCUUAAGAAGGUCCAGGGUGAAAAACAGCUGGCUACCCAUUCACAGGAGAUCAACAACCUAGAGGACACCGUGACAGCUUUGAGGGAGGACUACGAGAGAUCUCUUAGUGCCAAUGUUGCCUCCCAGAAGGACUUGCAGGAGAACUUGGUCUCCGCUAAGCAUGAGCUGUUGCGAGUGCAGGAGCAGCUGUCCCUGACAGAGAAGGAGUUGGAGAAGAAGUUUCAGCAAACUGCUGCCUACCGCAACAUGAAGGAAAUCCUGACCAAGAAGAAUGAGCAAAUUAAAGAGAUCAGAAAACGACUGCAGAGAUACGAGUCAGAUGAAUGAGCAUCACCCAAGGUAGUUGAUGCAACACAGAUGACCAUGGGGUUAAGAGGGAACCAAAAUUUUCAACUGUUGUAUUUAAUAGGUUUCAGAGAACUGUUAAUUCAGCCGCUCUAAAAUUAGAGAGAAAACAGGAAGGAGAGCUUCCCUGAAAAAGUGUUUAUAUUCCGCUUUAUCCAGCAUCUUGAGUAGUCAUUGGCUUUAGUAGAGGACUUACUGGGAAAGAAGGGCAGAUUUGGAGAGGAUGGAUUCAAAACAAAGCAGUGACAAAUUCUGGCUUUCCUCAGGUGUGCUUUUUUCUUCUUCUACAUUACAAUUUUGGAGCUCAUAUUAGAGUAAGUAGUUGGCUUCCCUCAUUGCUCUAUGCAAGUACUGUCAUGUCCCUAUUUAAAGAGGCCUUGUCCAUAUGCUGAUUUGGGCAGGUAGUGUCUGCCUUUAGUCUGAUUUAUCUGAGGGCUGUAGGUUAUACAUAGUGCUGUGUAUGGCGCCAUGUCGUUGAUGGUUGCCUCUCGUCAUGACUAGCCUGCUCAUUGGGCUAAAUUUUAGCUGCUCUGUUAAAGCCAGUAAUCACCCGGGAGAAUUCACUUCCAAGUCAGUUUGUUCAUAAACAUAAAAGAGCUUUAAGAUGAUGGUCCUUGACCUUAUUUUAUGUUCCAUUCACUAUAAUCUGUUUUAUAGCAUGUUGGAGGAAGGUUUUGGGUAGAAAAGAAUGAAACUGAUGAAUGGAAAAAUGACAUGUUUACUUUAAUUUCUUACAUUUAUAUUUCUGCUCUUGCAAAUUAAUGUUUGGAAGGAAGAGUGACCUAGAAAGAUAUUUCAUAUUUCCUAUAUUUCCUAUUGUCCCAACACAGUGUGCAUAGAAUAUUUUUAUCUGAAAACUUAACAGUGGAUUUUUCUUAUUCUUGUGGGUGAUAAAAGUGUAUAUGGUUAUGUUCAUGAUGUAAUGCUCUUGUAGAGUAUGAUACAUCGAUAUUGUACUAGAUGUGCAUUUGUUUGUAUUGUGCAAAGUCUGGGGUAAUAAAAGCUUUUACCA